CUCUCCUAGCCCACUAGUACCUGUGCUUCUGCUCCACCAGGAACAAGCCAUCAUGUCUCGCCAGUCGAGUGUUUCCUUCCGGAGUGGGGGCAGCCGUUCCUUCAGCGCUGCCUCUGCCAUCACCCCAUCUGUGUCCCGCACCAGUUUCAGCUCUGUGUCCCGGUCUGGGGGUGGUGGUGGUGGCUUGAGCAGGAUCAGCUUUGGGGGUAUCGGUGGACUAGGUGGCUAUGGCAGCCGGAGCCUCUACAACGUAGGGGGCUCCAGGAAAAUCUCCAUGAGCACUAGUGGCGGCAGCUUCAGGAAUCGAUUUGGUGCUGGUGCUGGAGGAGGCUAUGGCUUUGGAGGUGGAGCCGGGAGUGGAUUUGGUUUUGGUGGUGGAGCUGGUGGCUUGGGGCUUGGUGGUGGAGCCGGUGGCUUGGGGCUCGGUGGCGGAGCUGGCUUUGGUGGUGGCUAUGGUGGAGCUGGCUUUCCCGUGUGCCCCCCCGGGGGGAUCCCAGAGGGCACCGGCAGCUUCCCUGUGUGCCCCCCUGGGGGCAUCCAAGAGGUCACCGUCAACCAGAGUCUCCUCACUCCUCUGAACCUGCAAAUCGACCCCACCAUCCAGCGGGUGAGGACAGAGGAGCGAGAGCAGAUUAAGACCCUCAACAACAAGUUCGCCUCCUUCAUUGACAAGGUGCGGUUCCUGGAACAGCAGAACAAGGUCCUAGAUACCAAGUGGACCUUGCUCCAAGAGCAGGGCACCAAGACUGUGAAGCAGAAUCUGGACCCAUUAUUCGAGCAGUACAUCAACAACCUCAGGAGGCAGCUGGAUGGCAUCUUGGGGGAGAGAGGCCGCCUGGACUCAGAGCUGAGGAACAUGCAGGACCUUGUAGAGGACUUCAAGAACAAGUAUGAAGAGGAAAUCAACAAGCGUACCACUGCCGAGAAUGAGUUUGUGAUGUUGAAGAAGGAUGUGGAUGCUGCCUACAUGAGCAAGGUGGAGCUAGAGGCCAAGGUCGAUGCACUGUUGGAUGAGAUCAACUUCAUGAAGAUGUUCUUUGAUGCAGAGCUGUCCCAGAUGCAGACACAUGUCUCUGACACGUCUGUGGUCCUCUCCAUGGACAACAACCGCAACCUAGACCUGGACAGCAUCAUCUCUGAGGUGAAGGCCCAGUAUGAGGAGAUCGCCAACCGUAGCCGGACUGAAGCCGAGUCCUGGUACCAGACCAAGUAUGAGGAGCUGCAGCAGACAGCUGGCCGGCAUGGAGAUGACCUCCGCAACACCAAGCAUGAGAUCUCUGAGAUGAACCGGAUGAUCCAGAGGCUGAGAGCCGAGAUCGACAAUGUCAAGAAGCAGUGCGCCAAUCUGCAGAAUGCCAUCGCCGAUGCCGAGCAACGUGGAGAGCUGGCCAUCAAGGAUGCCCGGAACAAGUUGGCAGAGCUGGAGGAGGCCCUGCAGAAGGCCAAGCAAGACAUGGCCCGGCUGCUGAGGGAGUACCAGGAGCUGAUGAACACCAAGCUGGCCCUGGACGUGGAGAUCGCCACCUACCGCAAGCUGCUAGAGGGCGAGGAGUGCAGACUGAGUGGAGAAGGAGUUGGACCAGUCAACAUCUCUGUUGUGACAAGCAGCGUCUCCUCUGGCUAUGGUGGUGGCAGUGGCUUCGGCGGCGGCCUCGGCGGUGGCCUCGGUGGUGGCCUUGGCGGUGGCCUCGGCGGCGGCCGGUGGCGGCCUCGGUGGUGCAGUGGCGGCAGCUACUACUCCAGCAGCAGUGGGGGUGUUGGCCUAGGCGGUGGGCUCAGUGUGGGGGGCUCCGGCUUUAGUUCAAGCAGUGGCCGAGGCAUGGGAGUGGGAUUUGGCAGUGGUGGGGGCAGCAGCUCCAGUGUCAAAUUUGUCUCCACCACCUCCUCCUCCCGGAAAAGCAUCAAGAGCUAAGAGCCUCCUGCAGAUCACUGCAUCCCACGUGGAGCAACCUGGCCCAUGGAGACUGUCUUGUCCAGGCAGUUGCCCAAUCUAAGUUUUCUCUUUUUCUGGAGAAUAGUCUAGAUCAAGCCUAUUGCAGAACCACAAGAGGGUAUGAUUCCAAAUCUCUUGUCCCCCAUUGUCACAAUUCUAUAUUGUGCUUCAAAUAAGACUUAGGUCCCUAUAGCAUGGUCUUUGAUGAUACAAGAAUCUGAAGUUUUCCAGUAUCUAAACCAACAAAAUAGAAUUCCCA